UUGACAUACGCCGGCGUCCCGCAGAGUACUUUCAAGUCAAAUGUCCAUGCGACUUUCAACAAUAUACAUAUUGCCCUACUUAUAAACCUGGAGAUGAAGCACAAGGUUGUAGUUGGAGCACAUGGACUAGCACUUACAGCGCAUGCUCUGUAACAUGUGGAACUGGUGUAAAAACUAAAACACGCACCAGAACUAAACAAUACAGCACUGCAUAUACCGGAAGAUGCGAAGGCGACUCACAGGAUACUUCUACAUUACGUUGUAUCAAUCCGACUAGCCAAAGCUGUCAGGUACCAGGUUGUAGAUGGAACGCAUGGUCAAACUGGCGAUACAGCGCAUGUUCUGUUACAUGUCGAAUAGGAACAAAAACUAAAACACGAUUCAGGACUAAACAAUACAGCACUGCAUUUACCGGAAGAUGUGAAGGCAACUCGCAGGAGACUUCUACAUUAAGAUGUUUCAACCCAUUAAGCAUAAAAU